GUGGCCAGCAGGCCUUCCUUCUGGAGAAUGUUCCGUGUGACAAUGCCAGCUGUAAGGAUGUGGGCCGCAUGUUCCGUGUCCACUGGGACCAGUCUGACCUGGGGGCCAUCCCCGGGGCCGCCGUCGCCACCUUCUUUGACAUCUAUGAGGAUGGAAUAUUGGAUAUGAUCGUGCUCAGCAAAGAGGAGGGGAGAGAGGGCUUCGCCAUCCACGCUUUGAAGAACAACUUUGAAGCCGACGCGUACUUCGUCAAAGUGAUUGUGCUUAGUGGACUCUGUUCUAACGACUGCCCGGGAAACGUCAAGCCGUUUGGUGUGAACCAGCCUGGGCCAUACGUCAGCUACACUACAGUGGACUCCAACGGCUACCUGAAGAACGCCUCGGCCGGCCAGCUGAGCCAGUCGGCCCACCUCUCCCUGCAGUUGCCUUAUACCGUCCUGGGGCUGGGGCGCAGCGCCAACUUCCUGGACCACCUGUACGUGGGUAUCCCCCGGCCCCUCGGGGACAAGGACGUGAGGAAGCAGGAGUGGACAGCCAUCAUCCCCAACUCGCAGCUCAUAGUCAUUCCAUACCCACACAACGAGCCCCGCAGCUGGAGUGCGAAGUUGUAUCUGACCCCCAGUAACAUAGUCCUACUGACUGCCAUCGCUCUGAUUGGCGUGUGUGUUUUCAUCCUGGUUAUCAUUGGCAUCCUCCACGCAGGAGAAGGUAAGGACAGAAUGGCACAAAUACAACUUACACCGUUUAUCAUCGUCAUUACAUCAUUAUUGUUUUAAUCAACAAUAAUGAGC